AAUCGGCACGCGGGAGUCACAUGGCUAUGGCUGGAGCGUGCCCAGUGCGCGCGCACGGUGCAGAGAGCGCGAGUGCAGGCGGCCGCACCAUGAAGCCGGGUCGUGUUUGUGCAGCGUUGUUGCUACUGGCUCUAACCGCUUUCAGCUCGUCGCCCGCCUCUGGCGAGCUGAGGCUUCGUCUUUCAGCUACUCCUAACACAACAACUGUGCAUCCAUCCACUGAAUCUCCAAACCAUACAGCAACAACGCAAAUAACCACCAAAACAGAAACCACUGUAACAACUGUGCUUACAACCGGUAGGCCAGCAACCACCAAAUCUGGGAGUGGCACGGCAACUACUACCACAGCAGCUUCUGCAAAUAGUACAAGUGCUGAUAUUAUUACAACUGCCUUGCCUAUUGUUUCACAUUUUGAUAUUGGAAGUUUUGUAGGCGGUAUUGUGCUGGCUUUGGCUGUCAUGGCUGUUUUCUACCUUGGACGAAGAUUUUGCAUUUCCAGAAGUGGCACUCGGUACAGAACCAUUGAAGAAACUGAGGCAAUAAUCUAAACAUCAAAUAUGAAGACCCCAAGAGAUCGCAUUGCUUCUUCCAUGAAUUGGAAUCUAUUAUUGCAAGAAGUCUUUUGAUUAAGAUGUCUAUGUUCAGAUUUUUGCAUAUUAAAAUACAAUCUCUUUCUAGAAAACUUUCUACCCAAAAGCACUGUUGCAAUGGAUUAAUGCUUUUAGAUUUCAAAGCAGGCAAUAUAAUUUUAAAAUCUGAAAGUGCCUUUUGAGCUUAACCAGGCAUCUAGUGACCAGGUGCUAGACUAUGUUUUGUAGUCGUGACUACAGCUUCAGAGUAUAGAAAUUGUUAGGAUUCACAGAUUAUCAUUCAAAGAUUGGUUUGGAUAGAAUCUAAUUGGUACAAAGGCAAACUUUUCUUCCUUGAAGGCUUAGAUUUUCUCAUUUGGCUGAAAUGUCUGAAUGCAAGCUUUAGUUCGUUGGAAAUUUAAACUAUUCAACCUUGUUGAUUCAAGGUCAAUGUCUCAAGUUUUCACUAUGUAUAACAAUCAGAAUGUCAACAUGAAGUUAUGUGCAGAGAGAAAUUCUAAGCUGCAACUGCACAGUAAUAGAUUACUUCUGUUUUAUUACUGGUGAUUUUACUGCCUUAGAGUUUGAAUAACAUUUUCGCUAUUUUACUGGUUAUGUCUACUCAACAUAUUUAAUAAUUUGUUGUAAAAGACACCAGUUGUAAUUUCUAGUUUAUCAAUUAUGUUUUACUGGGUUUUGUUUGUUUUAUUACUUAGUGAAUUUUUGACUUGUUUAAGAGUUUUCUGUACUGAUUCUUUAUAAGGCAGAUUUCAGUUGGAUCUUAAACCAUUUCCUGUUUCAAAAUAAAAGUUUUUAUUUAAAACUA